CGGCUUUCUCGUUGUCUGGACCCGAGGCAUGCGAUGUUUUACCAAAGUCUAUCGUCCUUGUUUAAGGUUCCUGUCCGCAGCCCAGGCACACAACGCGCUGCCUUUCGCCGUGUGUCGCAUCAGAAACAGCGGAGUGGGAAGAGCCUUUUCUCGAUGUUUUGUCACCCGCUCCUGACCCUGUUUUUCCACAGCGAAAUGGAUAUAACGGUGUCAUGGUCAGUUGCAGAUGCCAGCACUCUAUCCCGGGACGGGAACAUGGGACGGGCUGUACAGCCGCUUCCGUUCUUGCUUUUCCUCUUGAUUUUCGACCCCCUCUAUUGGUAGGCGAAACACAGUUUCUGUCGCCCUGUCGCCACCAGAAAGCUUUCCACAGGAAGAUGACGUGAGCUGCUCCUCGGUGUUUUUCCUUUAUGAAAGCCUUGGAUCCUUGGGACCCUGCAUCGAGCGUUCAAGCUUCGUCCCGGUGAAAUUCAGAAGGCAGACUUCCCUUACGAGUCACCACAGCUCAGCACUCCCUUACGCUCACUCUGCUGUCGUUUUGUAGGCUCGAUCGCCUUAACCGGCCCGAGCCACAGGGCAGUCACCACAAAAACACCGAAUGACUGUGUUUGACUGCGGCGCCAGAAGUUGUGUUGUUUAGCGGGUCUCCAAUAACUGAAACGGGAUAUCUCGAGCAUCGAGGGCAAAAUUUGCUGCUUAAGCUCAAACACUGCAGCUGACCUGGUGAAGUGCCGUCGCAUCUCCACCCUUCCACCCCCCACCCGGGACUGAAAACGGCACAAAGCCAGUGGGUGUUCCGCAAGCGACCUUCGUGCCGGGGCCGGGGAGGCUGGCGCUGCAAAGGGUAACGCUGUUCUCUAAAGGCGAGUGUUGUGGGUGGUCGCGAGAAAGCACAAUGCAUCGCGGCAUCUUGCUCGUCUGGUUCUUUCUCUGUACAAUUGUUGACAUUUCGUGUAUUUUGCUUGGAGGCUCGCAGCAGCUCUAUUUUGUGCGUAGUGGAGGGAAGUGAACGGAGGACCUUCGCAGAUGUGCCCUCGACACGUGUGCACCAUCGGCUACUCCAGUCAGGCCGUCUCACUGCCCUACGAAUUCUGAUCCUUUCUGUCAGUAUCUUUGUUGCUGUGAUUUCUGUUGCAAUUCUCUAUCGAGGAGCUAAUCGAGUGGCCCACCACAUCGUUUGCCGCACCAGCCGUCCACUCGCACGAGUUCGCCACGUCCGCUGAAUCCCCCCUGUCCGGCUGUCUGUGCAAGAUCUUGCUUUUUCCACGUGCACGACAGCAUCGAUCCUCCACAAUUUCUUCCCUCCACUCUGCCAGUUCGUCUCGGUUUUUUUGCCUUGGGUGCCUGGCGCGCGGGAACAAGGUCACAUUGCUGUAGCGAGACCGUGGCAUGCGGCACCAAUUCGCAGCUUUCUUUUUGGCCUGGGACGCGCGUGGCCGUCUCGACUCGUGACGUUUCUUUGAGAAUCUGAAAGGCAGCUAUAAUUCAGGCGCUCCUAUUUGUUCGAAUCCAAGGGGUGUGUCUUUCUUUGCGCCUCUGGCGUCCGCGCGUGUAGCGGGCACGGGGGAGUCGACACGCUGGUUUUGACCCGCGUCUCCAUGUGGGCGUUAUCUUUUUUGUGUUUCCGUUGUGGGUUGCGAGCGCGAUAGCGACAAGCGCGUGGUGUGGCCGGUCUACGUUUGCUGAGGAUACACACUGUUUUCCUCUGUGCUAAAAGACUGCGUCCGCGACAUCAAAGCAGCCGUCGCUUACCCUUUGUUUUCUGCUCGUUUUCUGUCCUUUCUUACGGUUUUUCCUUCUCCUUCAGCGAUUCGACAUGUGCUGAGCUGCGAGCACACUCUUUCUAGUUUUGGAGGCAACCAGUCCGCUUUUGGGUCUCCUCACUCUGCUAGAAUGUCUCCCCUCUUCUCCGCUGCGAAUUUGCGGCCGCGUUUGCCGCCCGUCUCCUCACAAGGCGUGAGCGGAUCUUCCGCAGGGUCCUUGUCUCAGUCAUCUGAUUUUUCUUGUCCUCCGCAGCACCCGUCCCAUCCCGCAUCCUUAGGUAAGCAACCCCCCCCCGCGUACUAUGCGCUCUCCGCGCGAAGCCCAGUGAAGCCUCCGUCAGUUCCGAGUUUCCCCGCUUCUGGGGCGGUGCGCGUCGCUCCCGCAACCAGCUCUUCUUUCCCUAGCGAAGCAGCUUCACCCCCGUCGCGGCGGAACUCGUCUUCAGAUGGGAUGCAACCCAAUGCGCCUGUCACGAACGGUGUCAGCUCAGGUCCUUCACAGACCCGCGUGGGUCGCGACUCGAGUCGGCGAAAUGAAGCCCAAAACGGCAAAGGACCGGGGCCGCGCGUCCCACCCCUUCAGCUCCAGACGCGGGUCUCGUCAUUGCCGCCUCCCUCCUCGGCUGUUCGACUGAACGCAAAAAUUCAUCAGCGGGAGCAAACCGAAAAUGGAACCUACGUUGCAGCCGCCGCGUGGAUGCGCGCCACAGAGGCCGCGCGCUUGCUUCUAGGCGAGUCCAAGGGCGGGAAUUCGGGGGUUCCGACACCCGCGGCCGCUGGCCGUUCUGGCAGCCCCAAGACUCAGAGUUUCUCGCGCGCGGGGAAGCGGUCGGGUAUGACACCGUUCGGGGACUUCGACGGUGCGGUUGGACCGGGAGCCAACGACGAAAAAACGAUGGAGCUCGAAGCGGAGCUCAAGGAGCUCCGCGGGAAGCUGGCCGAGCAGGAGAGGCAGGCUGCGGACCGCGUGCGCGAACUGGAGAAGCGGGAGCGAGAGUUGUUCGGGAGAGUGCAGGAACUGGAGGAACAAAGUGCCCUGCAGGCUCAAGUGAGGGACGGCUUCAGCGAACUGCUCGACGCGCAGCAGCAACUCCAGCAGCUGCAGCGCGAACACCGGCAACUCCAGCAGCGCGAGCAAGAGCUUGUGGAGAAGGAGAGCGAACUGCAAAGACAGCUGGAGCAGCACCAGAGAGAACUUCAGCAACUCCAUCAGGAGGUGAAGGAGCUUCAGAGACACAGAGCUGCGGAGAUGCGGACGAACGGAGUGGUCGAGGCGUCGCUUCACGAGGCGGAGGAGCAGCGGGCGCAGGUUCAGCAGCUGGAGCGGAAAGUGAGGGACCUCGAGAAACUCCACAGAGACGCGACAGAGAGAGAUGCAAUGCGCAUUCGUGCUUUGGAGGAAGAGAACAAAUUGCUGAAGAGAACCAGUGGUGCUGCGGCGUCAAAUCCGAGCAGCGGAGGAAGACAGCCGCUGUCCGACUCGUCCUUUCAACUCCACUCACUUCAACAGCUGCAGGCGAAGCUCCAGGGUUUGAAGCAGCGGCACCUGCAGGCUCUCGAGGCUGCGGAGUCUCAGCGACAUUCAGAGGCUGUGGAGGGGAACGAGACCAAGCCGACAGAUGGAGAGACUGGGGACCAGGCGAGUGCCUCCGCCGUGUUCGACGACUUCGACUUGCUGCUCCAGAAACUUGCGGCUGCGCAAGAGCCAGAAGCCAGUGGCUCAGGUGUGCAUGCCCUCGGUGCUUUGUGGGGCGGGGCGUCUCGACGGCGGAGCCUAAGUCGAUGCAGCAGUGCAAGUCGACUUGCGGCGCCCCCACUCCCACCUGGAUCUGGAGAUAACACUGCGAAUGCGGCGGGAGUCGCUCUUUCCACUGUUUCUGGACAUGCAGCAACCACCGGAUCACUCUUCCUCCCUGGCGGCGGGAGGCUUCUUCCCCCCACUCCGUCUGCCUGCUCGUCUGUCAUCUCGGAUAGCGUCGCUCGCAGCAGUGUGGGCCGCCGCCUGAUGAGCACGGGGGUCAUUGCGGCAGCCGUCCAGCAAGUUCAACAGGCCGUAGCGAAGAGCAUGGAGACCGACGCACUUGCGCGCCAGAAGGUAGCGGACCUGCGGAAUUUUCACAGAAAGAGCUUCAGUGAGCUUACCACGAGGCUCGCAGGAACUGUCGCCAUGGCGAAUUCGCUCGCUGGCUCUCGAGGUGCCACAUCGGCGACCCCCAGUCAACUGAGCGUCCCGUCAAAUGCACACAAGGUGCCAGAGGCUUCUGAAAUUCCCUCGUGUUCGUCGACUUCUAUGACGUCGACAAGUUCAAUUCUUCCGUCGGCUGUGGCGUCCGUUGCCGGUCCUUCUCCCGCCGUGCAUGCUUACCCAACGGCAUUAACGACCCCUGUGCACGAAAGUUCAUCGGGACUCCGCUCGCAGUUCCACGCAGAUGCAGGAACGCUAGGAGUUGAUCAGGGGACCAGCCCGAGUUCGCUUUUAGCGUCUCCUUUCAUGCAGUCACCUCCAGUCGCUGACCUCUCGUCUUCACCUGCAGGCGAAGCGAGCGCCGGGCCGCCGCGGCCUACUAGUGUGUUUAGUGUUAACGUAGAUGCUGUUAAUGCUGGAGACAGCGUUCCAGUAGUAGAGUCUCAGGACCGUGGCAACGGUGACUUGGCGCCGAGUGUUGUAGAUUCCUCGUCUGCACAUGAAAACGAGACAGUGAAGCCAGAAAAUCGCAGUGAGAUGGUGACUAGGGUUGCUGCGGAUGGCGAGUUGGAUCCAGUUUCAACAGGGGCAGGCUCAUUUUCCCCCGGGGCUACGUUAGACUCAGGUAGCGCGAUCGCCCCGCCUUCCGCUGCGUUUCCGUGCGCUGUGACACCACCUUGUGGGAUUUCUCUACCUCCGCCCGUCAGUUGUGCUUCUCCGGCUUCUGUUCCCAUGAAGCGCCCUUUUGAAGUACCGCGGCAACUUGCGGGGCCUUUCUCAACCGUGUCGCGCCUGUCUGGUGCAAAUGGCCAGACCAGAGAGCCAGGUCGAGAUUUUUUUGGUGUAACACGUGGCGUGGUUCCCUCCGUUUCUGCUCACGCCGUCCGGUCGACGCAGGCCAUUCCUGCGUUUGUGUCGCCGCCGCCGAUGCGACCGGAAGUCCCCACUGGUCCGCUUAUCUCCGCCGCAAGUCCUGGCGAUGCUGGCGAGUGUCCAAGAGACAACGGAGAGCGGCAGGAAAACCUUCCCCCGGUCAGUGGAGUGAUGGAUUUGGCUAACGGGACCGAUUCGGCACCGGUGGAGGUAGGCCUGGAGUCUUGGCAUGCGUCGCACCACCAAGGAAAGCUUUUGAAUGGCCUAGACGGUCCUUCCGGAGGCAGUGGCGAUGGUUUUUCCAAAGAGGGACUCAAGCCACUUCACGCAGCUACUGUGCCUGGUGGCGGCUGCCAAAUGUUGCCCCCUAUGUCAUCGUCUGGUGGCAAACAGCCCGACAACGUAGACUGCGGAGUGCCUUCCAGCGUGCCGUGUGCUGGGCAAGCAGAGAACGGUGGAAGUGAGCACACACCGUUGAGAAUGGAGGGAAACACACGGGCGUGCUCCCAAACGGCCUUACCAGUGGCCGUUUCACCUCCGAAUGGGGUACUUCACCCGCAUGUGUCUCAAGCACAUGGGCAGACCUUUCCCGAUUCACUUCAGGACAGCAAGUGUCGAAACGGGUUUGCAUCUGCGGUUCCAAAGCCUCAGCCAUCACAAUCACUUCCUACACUGCAGCUGUCUGUCCGACCACCAGGCCCUUUUGGGGUAGGCCCCGAGACUUUAGGCGUGACGAAUAAGCAGCAGAUUGGGACUGCAGAUGAUAUUGGUGCUGAGGGGAAAGGAUUUUGGGAUGAGGAUGAUUUAGAUGAGUGGAACAUUGACGAUGUGCCUGUUCAGCCUCGAUUCGACCGCGACGGCCCCCUCCAGGUUCCUCAGCAGGCACCGUCAAGCCAAUCAACAAGUAGUCAAUUGCCCGUCAGCCAGCCUUCUUUAGAUAGUUCGUCUGCUAGUCCACAGGCCGCUGACAGCUUCAGUAUCGGUCAGAUGCAUUCGAAGGAUUCUGAGAAAAUCUGUGGCUUAGGAAGUAUAGUGGCUAGAUCUGGACAGGGAUUGCCAGCAGGCAUGUGGCAGGUCUCAACACAGCACCAACAGCCACCUGAGGGGUCUCACGAAAGUCUUGUAGUGAUGCCAUCGGCGCAGCAACGCCCAGCCAGUGCCGGACACCGUCCUAUAGAGGAUCUCUUCAGCUGAGAGACCUCUCGGCGGGAAAAGUACAAGGGGUUGCUGCUACAUCGGAGUACACAGUGGAGAGGUAAAAGUCGCCUCCCGGUUCUGAGAACCCAAACUGAAGAUGCGUGCAGACCAGGUAGUGACACGAAGACGUUUCGUUGUACCGUUGAUCUCCGACAGCGAUGGCAAGGAACCGAGUCGAUAAAGAUCAGUCUGCACGAAAAACACCCAGUACCAGAUUUUUCGACGCUGUGUUCAUCCGGUAGACGCUGCAGCAGGGCAGAGAAGCAAGUGGGUAUACAGUUGCUUCGGCGAUGAGCAGUCGAACCGACUGUGGCUCUGGUAUGGAAAUGCCGGUCAUCGAAGUUCUUUUCAGUGUAUUGUCCUUCGUGCGAUUCAUUAACGAAUCAAUGACGCUCGUCGAGGCAUGGUUGGCACACGUUAAAAUGAAAAAGGAACAUUCUAUGAGUUUCUGUUUGUGUACGAGGACUCGUGUCAUGCGGCCAUUCAGACGUGUUCCUGUGACGUGGAGCGCGAAGUCUUUUGUCUGAGAUAGUUCAAUCGGGUACCGUGUUUUGCAGUUGAUGAACGAAAACAAGUGAAUGUUUCGGCCGAGCGCGUGUGUAUGACAGACAGUCUAAAUGGAGAUAAGGGCACUGUCCUUGAAUAAAGUGUGCGAUGGAGUUCACUGGUCGUGUGAGGAUGGUGUUGAAGGCCAGACUUUCCCUUGCAAGCACGUAUGCUAUCUUUCUAAAUAAUCAAGGUCUGUUGUUUCCCGGGGUGGUGUAGGGAGCCGAAUACUGAGUUUUCCAGCCAUCAAAAUGGUUACACACGAGGUACUGUUCUCACGUUCGUUCUGUCCUUUGUAUAGUCUCUAGCGCAAAAUGUCGAUCUCAGUCGUGCAGCGGUUGUGGCGCAUCAGUAAAGGCAGUUCGAUCUCCCUGCUUAAAUAUUGGUUCGUUUGUGGAAAAAUAACAAAUCAAACGUACAGCUUUGAACCCCCCCUGUUAGUAGUAUUGGGCGAUUUGUGCAGAUAGUCAUGUUUACAGUGGCACAAUUCAAGGGUUGCGCAAGUAGCCUUGGUCAGUAUAAACACUGGAAGAGACAGUCUGUACCACGGAGUUGGCAUACUGGACAGGAAUGGCAAGGCAAGCGGAACCAGUAAAGCGAAAUGCUACAGAGUUUGUCGCUUCUGUUGCGUCGGCGACUUGCUUUCUUGGUAUCGUAGAAGUCGAAGCAAUUUCUAGUUUCGGGCUCGUGUGUAGGACAAGUCGGGGUGGCGGACUAACGCCGAACGUAGAGCGUCAUCCGACGUUUCCGCACACAGCUGGGGUUUGGUGGACAUAACAUGUUCUCUGUUGCAAGAGUGCUGUCGAGUAAAUCACCUAACCGCAGGCAGGCGGUUUUGACGAUGUCCAAAGGCUUCCCAAUCGCGUUUCUCACGUUCUCAAAACUUCAUCACUCCUCUCCCCAUUGUGAGGUAUAGGACUCGAACAACCUGAGCGGCGGGUUACCACUUGUCUUUUAAAAAUUGAUUGAAACGUAACCCCGUGUUACCAUAUGAGAGAUGCUCCCCGCGAGACAUGGCAUGCAGUGCAUAUAUAGAGUUUAGAAUUUACUUGGUUUCACAGUUUACUGUACGUUAUGGGACUGCCGGAAAGUGCAGGUGUCGGAAGGUGCACUGGCAAAUUUCAACAGCACCGCAUGACUGUCCGUGCCUCACGCACCAACCUUCUCAUGCUGAAAGAUGAGGCACGAAGCUCUGAGUACCUCGGAAUCUCAAAAAUGUCAUUCAGGUUGCACCACUAUGUUGGCCUUUUGGCAUCGCUCUGGCAUUCUUCUUGUGAGCAUACACAGUUGUCAAACUAGAAUACUACGCGUAUCCUUCGGGUGAGCCUUUCACGGAUUUAGGCAACUAGUCUGCCUCAAUUCAAAUUCCGUUUAUCUCUAACAAAUCUUGGGACAGAAGGAAGAAAGACUGAGCAGGCGUCAUCACAGGUGCUGCGCUGCGUAUGUGUUGCGUUUAUUGUGGUAUCGAGGGACAAGACAAUCAUGGGACAGCUGAUAAUCCAUAUAAUUUCUUUCGGGUGUGAUUCGCAUCUGGAUGCUAGGAAUAUAAACCCGGUUCGUAACAUGCUAGUGGACCAAGAGCUUGUGAGGUCGGUUCCGAGAGUUGCAUAACCGGCAGUGACUAAUUACUUCAUUCUCGGGAGAGACGGAGCUAACAAAUGGGAGGAUCUUCAGCUGAGUACCCGCAACAGGUGUGUGGCGCAUGCCAGUGCCAUGAUCGACUAGAUUCCUUCGUAGUUCGUGGUUGGAACACGUAGGAACUUAAUGAAUGUACUCGUUAUUCUUUUCAUGGGCAUGCGUUAACGAUACAGCAGGAUAGUGCCUGUUAGAGGCAGAUGGUGUGCCCGCUAUCCCUGUAUUUGAUACAACACCAGGAGAUGGCGUCAUGCAAUUCUCUGAUUUCUCAGUGUAUGUGGAAGCUCCUUUAGUUGUUGAGUCUUACACCUUCCACUUCGCCACGCGCAUGGCUGUUUGGAAAUGCCAGCAAACACUGUGUGUUCUAAACUGCCAGCGGCGAAACACAGCUCUGACGGCGGUUGUGUGUCUCUUCGUGUGUGUGUCACGAACACAAGUUACACAGGAAAACGCAAGAGCGGCGGCACGACAAGGUCGUUUUUGGGCGUGCUUCGGUUGUGAUUCGUGGUCGCUAUGGCUUUCGCCCGCGAAACAAUCUCGAGUUUUUUUCGUAGCACUGUUUCGUACACACUCCGCAGUAUCGCCGUCUCAAUCCGAGUAGCCUUUAGAAAUUUAUGUGUGCUCGCUUCGAACGUGAAUGUGACUUUCUGCGUAAUAUAAUGUUGUUGCGGCUUCCAGUAGUUGUGAAUAAUAUCUGCUAGAUGGAUACUGAGGCGGUGCCCACCCCUGUUGACCUUCAAGGAGAGCUGCCAAGAGAUUUGGCCCUGUACAGAUAUACGGAUUCUCGGUUGUGGGUUGAUGUGCGCGUGUAGCCGCCGUUCUCCCACACUUUGCUCGCUGUAUCCGUUUUCAGGCAUUUUUUGUUGAGUGAACAGGGAGGAACUGAGAACACGAGUUUUCAGACGGUUCAUAAACACUUCGCAAAAUUCCGCAAUGGAAUCUCGACAAUCUGGUCCAGCGGAAAAAAAGCUGGAAUGUUGUGCUUUGGGGGCAUUAUUCGUUAAGGAAUACAUCGGUGCGCGGUGUUUCGCGUACCUUCUCGCAUGGCGGUGUGUCCGAGUGGUUAAGGAGAUGGACUCGAAAUCCAUUAGGCUCUGCCUGCGCAGGUUCGAAUCCUGCCGCCGUCGAAGCCGUAUAUGAAGAGCUAGAUAUUCGUGCGCUAAAAUAGCUGCUUACUCUGAAGCAACUGAUAACGAGAAGACAUUUGAAAGUCAUUCAUGUUCGUAUGGGCCUCGUGCAACGUGACGAUAUCUCUUAACACUUUUACUAGGAAACCGCCACAAAUGUGUUGAAGGGUGGACCGUACACUAAGAAUUGCAAUCACGAUGAAUACUGCUAACUACUAGGCUGCACUUCGAGAGGAGUAGUCUGGGUUUGCAGGUUGCUUCCAGGAGGUUUUUAUUGAUAAAGGUGGGCGCACAACACCUGGCAACUUCCCGACCUCGGUGUGCGUGUAUCCUCUACCACCACGGCCUCCGCAA